GAUAGAGAGAGCAUGAGAAGGGGGAGGGUCAGAGGGAGAAGCAAACUCCCUCCUGAGCAGGGAGCCUGAUGCGGGACUCGAUCCCGGGACUCCAGGAUCAUGACCUGGUUAAGGCAGUCGCUUAACCAACUGAGCCACCCAGGCGCCCCUCAUUGUGGUUUUGAUUUGUAUUUCCCUGAUGAUGAAUGAUGUUGAGCAUCUUUUCAUGUGUCUGUUAGCCAUCUGGGUGUCUUCUUUGGAAAAAUGUCUAUUCAUGUCUUCUGCCCAUUUCUUAACUGGAUUCUUUGUUUUUGGGGUGUUGAGUUUGAUAAGUUCUUUAUAGAUUUUGGUCAAACACUUUAAAAACAGUCUUAAUAACUAUAUUCAGUGAGGUAAAGGAAAAUACACUCAUCAUGAACAAAAAUAUAGGAAAUCUCUGUAAGGAAAUAAUAUAUACACACACACACACAUACAUACAUACAUACAUACAUACAUACACAUGCAUACACACACACAUACUUUUAAUGAGCCAAAUGGAAAUUUGAGAACUGAAAAACAUGGCAUCUGAAAUGAGAACUUUACUGAAUGGUCAUAGUAGAAUGGGAGUGACAGGAAAUAAUUGGUGAUAUCAAAGAUUAAUAGAAAUCAUCUAGUUUAGGGGUGCCUGGGUGGCUCAGUCGUUAAGCGUCUGCCUUCGGCUCAGGUCAUGAUCCCAGGGUCCUGGGAUCGAGCCCCACAUCAGGCUCCCUGCGCUGCGGGAAGCCUGCUUCUCCCUCUCCCACUCCCCCUGCUUGUGUUCUUUCUCUCGCUAUCUCUCUCUGUCAAAUAAAUAAAUCUUAAAAAAAAAAAAAAGAAAUCAUCUAGUUUAAAGGAAAAAGGGGGAUUGAUUGGGGUAAAUGUCUAGCACAUGGGUAAUUAUAGACUCCAGAAGGAGAGGAGAGAUACAUAGUGGGGCAGAAGAAAUACAUGAAGAAAUAAUGACUAAAACCUUUCCAAAUUUGGUGAAAGACAUAUAGGAUAAAUAUGAAUAAAGUCACACUUAGACACAUCAUUUUAAAAUUACUGAAAACUCAAGAUUAACUGUGAAAAUCUUGAAAACAGAGAAAAGCAACAGAUCACAUACAGUAUAGCAUUGUAAAGACUGUGAAUCGGGGACCAUGGAGGUGAGAGGCAAGUGGGACUGCACCCUAAAAUACUAAAAGAAUCUUAUACCCUCUAAGAGUGAAUGCUAAAUAAAAGUGUUUUCAGAGAAAGGGAAACUGAUAAAAUUUGUUGCUAUCAAGUGCGCACUGUUAAAAAUGCUAAAGAAGUUUUUGUAGACUGCAGGUAAGUACCAAAGUGAAAUUCAGAUCUUAUGAAUGAAUGAUGAUCAUCAAGAACAGUAAGUAUCUGGGAGAGAUGUUUUCUUUCAAGUGCAUAUGUUUUAAAACAUUAAAACAUUUCUUGUGUAUGUAAUGUAUGCAGAUGUAAUAGGUAUGACAGUUGCAGCACGAAGAAUAGUAAAGGAUACAUGAAACUAUAGAGUUUCAAGGCUUCUACAUUUUAGAAGAAGCAGUGCCAUAUUCUAAGUAGGCUGUGAAAAAGAGAGGGUGUAUAUUACAAUCUCUAGAGCAACAGUUAUAAAAAUAUGCAAAGAAGUAUAACCAAAGAACCGAACGAUAAAUUGAAAGGGAAUUUUUAAAAUACUCAAAUAAUAUAAAAGAAAGCAGGAAAGAGAGAACAGAGGGCCAAAAUACCAGAGAGACCAAAAGAAAACAAUAGUAGCCCCAAAGCCACCCAUAGUGCCCUUGGACAUUUGCCAAAGCCCACAUAUACACCAUCAAGAGUGACCAUAGUGUAAACACGGACUUUGGGUGACAGUGCUGUGUCGGUGUAGGUUCACUGAUGGUAACAAAUGUACAGGAUGUGGUAGUGGGGGAGGCUCUGCUUGUGUGGUGGUGGGGGAGUAUGGGAACUCUUCCUUCCUGCUCAGUUUUGCUGUGAAACUGCUCUAAAAAUAUUUUGUAUAUUAUAGGCACCCGGGUGGCUCAGUCGGUUGAGCGUCCGACUUGGUUUCAACUCAGGUCAUGAUCUCAGGGUCCUGGGAUCAAGCCCUGGGUUGGGCUCUGUGCUCAGUGGGGAGUCUGCUUGAAGAUCCUCUCCCUCGCCCUCUGCCCCUCCCCCUGCACUUGCUUGCUCACUCUCUUUCAAGUAAAUAAAUAAAUCUUUAAAAAAUAUAAAAAUAUUUUAUAUAUUAAGACAAAACAAAACAGAGGGACAAGUAGAAAACAAGUAAUAAAAUGGUAGACCUAAGUCUAACCAUAGUGAUAAUUACAUAAAUGUUAAUGGACCAAACUCUCCAAUUAAAAGACAGAGAUUGGGUGCCUGGGUGGCUCAGUUGGUUAAGUGACUGCCUUCGGCUCAGGUCAUGAUCCUGGAGUCCCGGGAUCGAGUCCCGCAUCGGGCUCCCUGCUCAGCAGGGAGUCUGCUUCUCCCUCUGACCCUCCUCCCUCUCAUGCUCUCUGUCUCUCAUUCUCUGUCUCGCAAAUAAAUAAAAUCUAAAAAAAAUAAAAUAAAAAUAAAAAAUAAAAGACAGAGAUUGUCACAAUGAAUAAAUAAGCAAGACCUGCAUACUGUAUAUAGGAGAUUCACUUUAAAUAUAAAGAACACAGGUUGAAAAUAAGAUAUAUAGAUGCAAAAUAUAUCUGUAGAUCUAAGAUCUAUCCAUCUAUCUAUCUUGCAAACAGUGAACAUAAGAAGAUUGGAGUAGCUGUAUUUAUAUCAGAUAAAAUAGAUUUCAGGAGGUUGAGUAUUACCAACGAUAAAGGGGAAAUGUCUAAUGAUAAAAGGGUCAUUUCAUCAAGAAGACUUAUCAAUUAUAAAUGUGUCUAAUAACAGAGCCUCAAAAUAAAUGAAGCAAAAUUGACAGAACUAGAGACAUAAUUAGGCAGUUCCACAAUUAUAAUAAGUGAUUUUAACAUCUCUUUCUCUCACCAAAUAUUAGAACAAAAACCCAAAAGAAAUUAGUAAAGACAUAGCGGAUCUGAACACUACUCUCAGGCAUCCUGACCUAAUUGCUAUUUGUAGAAAGCUACACCCAUCAAAAGCAGAGUACAAAUUCCUACUAAGUGCACAUUGUACAUUCUCUAACAUAGACCAAGUGUGUGCCCUAAAACAAGUUUCAAAAAAACUAGGGGUGCCUGGGUGGCUCAGUUGUUAAGCGUCUGCCUUCGGCUCAGGUCAUGAUCCCAGGGUCCUGGGAUCGAGCCCUGCAUCGGGCUCCCUGCUCAGCGGGAAGCCUGCUUCUCCCUCUCCCACUCCCCCUGCUUGUGUUCCCUCUCUCGCUGUGACUCUCUCUCUCAAAUAAAUAAAUAAAAUCUAAAAAAACAAACAAAAAAACUAAAGAAGUAAAGCUGAGUUUUUUUUGCAGAUGACAUGAUUAUUUAUGUAGAAUAUCCUAAGAAAUCUACAAAAAGUGCUAGAACUAUCACGUGAAUUUCAUAAAAUUUCAGAAACUAAGGCUAAUAGAUAAAUUUUAAUUGUAUUUUUACGUACUGGCAGCAAACUAUUGGAAAAUGAAAUUAGAAAUUCAAUUCUAUUUACAAUAAUACCCAAAAAAUAAAAUAUAUAGUAAUAAGUUUAACAAACUUAUUUGUUAAGUAGUCUGAGCUCGUGUAUAGGACUGACUUGUCCAGAACCCCUUUCUGCUCAGGACCACCUCUUCACUGCAAACUUCAAAAGAGAGCUGAAAAGAAAACUUGAAGAAAUGGGGAGUGAUAGCACAUUCAUAGAUUGGAAGACUCAAUAUUGUUAAAAUGUUGAUUAUCCCAGCCAAAAUUCCAGCAGGCUUUUUUUUUUUUUUUAAGAUUUUAUUUAUUUAUUUGACAGAGAGAUAGAGCACAAGCAGGCAGAGCGGCAGGGAGAGGGAGAAGCAGGCUCCCCGCUGAGCAGGGAGCCUAAUGCGGGGCUCGAUCCCAGGACCCUGGGAUCAUGAACUGAGCCGAAGACAGACGCUCAACUGACCAAGCCACCCAGGCGCCCCAGCCCAGCAGGCUUUUUUGUAGAAACUGGCAAAGUGGUUCUAAAAUAUGGAAAUGCACAUAACCUAGACUUGACAGCAAUUAAACAAAGCAAAGCUUAUCUACCUAGUUUUCAAGAUUUCAGUAAAGCUUUAAUAAUUGAGACUGUGGUGUUCGUGAAGGAUAGACACGUAGGUGAGUGGAGCAGAACGGAAAGUCUAGAAAUAGACCCACACACCUACACUCAGUUGAUUUUCAACAAAGAUGUCAUGAUAACGUGAAAAGGAAAGUCUUAACAGUGCUGCAACUCCUGGACAUGCAUAUGGAAAAAAUAAACUUUGAUCUUUACUUCAUACCAUACACAAAAGUAACUCAAAGUGUAAAAGCUAAAACUCUAAAACUUCUAGAAUGAAACAUAGGAAUGACCAUGAGGUCACGGCAGAGAUUAACCCUAGGACACAAAAAAGCAAGAAUCAUAAAAGAGAAAAUGGAUGGGUUUGAUUUUAUCAAGUGAAAACAUUUACUCUUCUGGAUACCCAUGUGAAAAUGAAAAGGCAAGCCACAGAUGGGAGAAAAUUUUUGCAAAAUAUUUAUAUCUGAAAAAUGCAUAUAUCUGACGAAAAACGUGAAGAACUAUUACAACUCAAUAAUAGAAAGCCAAUUAAACAAAAUGGGCAAAUGAUUGAAGAAGACAUAUAAACACAUGAGAGCUAAGAGCCAUCAUUAAUCAUCAGGGAAAUGCAAAUUAAAGCAACAGUGAGCUACCACCGCCCACCCGCAGACACCAUGCCAAGUGCUGGUGGGAGCGUGCAUGGGAUCUCCAGCAUGGGAGACAGAUCGGCAGGUUAGAAAGGUAAAUACACACUUACCUUGACCCAGUCGUUCCAGUCCUAAGGAUCUACCCAAGAGAAAUUAAACGUCCACACAAAGACACGUAAAAAAACGUCCACAGCAGGUUUAUUUAUAGCCAUUAAAAUCCAGAAACAAUCCAGGCGUCCAUCAGCACCAAUUUUAUGUAAAUGAGCCAUACAGUAUAUACACUUUUGUGCCUGGCUCCUUCCACUUGAACUAAUGAUCCUUAGAUUCAUCUGCACUUCAUUCCUUUUAUGGCUGAAUGAUAAUUCCAUGGUGAGGGUGUACAACGUUGCUUUUACCCACCCACCUGCUGAUGUCAAAAUAUUUAGCCAGCUACAUUUCAGACAGAUUAUAAUUACGGUUACCAUGUUGCAUGUUAACAGAAAUUUGUUUAAAACUUUAACUACUGCAGGGUUUGUGCAGGUUAGUUUUCUCUGGUCACACUGGAAAUGUGACAGCUUAAGUCCUAACUCACACGGGCUGCCGAGUUUUGCAUUUGCCAGUGUCAGGAAAUGCACUUGCAAUGUGUGGCACUGUGCUGUCUGUUGUUCCUUCUGCCUGUUACUCCAUCAGAAGUCCUCUGCUCUGGCGUUGUCCUCAGUCAUGGCUUUCGAUGGUACUUCUAUCACCCAAGAUGACAUUGUUCCUGCAGUUUCCAUGACAAGAGCAGGGGGAAUACUAGAAAAUCAUAAGGCUGAGGGUCCCUGACUGACCUGUGUUGGCCCCAGAGGUGUUUCACUGCCUAGGUGUUCUGUCUCUUGGUGAAAAUGCUUGAAUUGGGGUUUUCCUAGGACAGAGCAAGAUGGCAGAUGGACAAGUCCUGUCCAAGCUCAUGAGUAGAACCCCCUUCUGCUUCGUCCUUUCAGGAGGCAAUGAAUGGCUGAAAGCUUUGGAGGAAGGAGUAGUCCAUCUAGAUCCAGAUCCAGAUCCAGAUGGGUUGAGCACAGCCCCUCCAGUCCCUCAGCUCUGGGGGCUCCUUAUGGUAAGUCAGUUGAGCCUACCAACAAUGGGCCUCACCGACUACCUUGAUUUGCAGGCCUGGGACCAGGGAUCUGCGGUUUCUUAGCAGCCCCGCCCUGCCAGCUAAGCCCUGGGCCCCGCCUCUGGAUGUCUGCAGCUCCCAUCCCAGAGGGCCAGACCCUGUGUUCUGGACCAUGGCACUCCAGCGUGCCGUCCUCCUGGCGGGCCUCCUGGUGGAAGUUGCCAGCAAAUCCUCAGAAAGCGCGGGCCAGCAGCCUGAAUGUUGUGUGGACGUGGUGGAUGUCAACACCACCUGCAGGGGCACAAGCCUGUGUGGUCCAGGCUGCUACAGGCACCGGAACGAGAACGGGAGUGUCAGCUGCGUCCGCUGCAGGAACGGCACCUUCAGCUCCCAGUGCCGCGGCCGUCCCACGACCACGCCCGCCAGGCCCACCUGGCCCGCUUCGCACCGAGGGGCCACGUCUCCAAGUUCUGGAGGAACGGUCGCUGGCUGGGGCGCACAGUUCCCGCUGAACAGGAGCACAGGAAUGCCCGGGCAGCCAAAUCUCGGUUCCAACGUAGCCAUGGCCACACCUCCUGCUUGUGUCUCAGGGUCAGAAAGCCACCUCCCCACAGGGAGCCCUCAGGUGGCAGCCUCCCUCUUCCUGGGGACGCUCUUCAUCAGCUCUGGCCUCAUCCUGUCCGUGGCUGGGUUCUUCUACCUGAAGCGCACCAGUAAACUCCCCAAGGUUUUCUACGGAAGAAACAAAGCCCCUGCCCUGCAGCCUGGCGAAGCCGUAAGUAACCUGGAAGGAUGGGCCGAGUGCCCCCUGUCGUGGGCCUCUGUGCUGGGGGCCGCCCACUGUUCUCACUGUGCCUUUUCUCCUUUUCAAGGCUGCCAUGAUUCCCCCGCCACAGUCCUCAGUGCGGAAGCCGCGCUAUGUCAGGCGUGAGCGGCCCUUGGACAGGGACACGGGCCCCACUGCCAUCUCCUCGGUGGAGGCCCGGGUCAGCAACGUCUGACCCGGGGACCCACCCACAACUCCGCACACCGCCUUGGAGAGAACCCAGCACACAAAGGACAGGCACUGCCCAGCAAGGCCUCAGGACAGGUCUGGACACGGCCCCUGACUCCGCGUGACUGUCUCCCAACAGGAGGUGCUGCCCGAGGGUGCUUCUUCCCUCCCCACAGGGGCUCAGCGUGAUGGACUGGGAGCCGCGUCCUUGAGCCAGGCUUGAGAGUGUAGCCAGGUGGGGUCUGGGCCCCUCGGGAGAGACCGCUCCCAGCGGCCAAGAGCCUACAGGGACCGCUGGGCUGCUCCAUGCCCCUCCGCCUUUCCGAGCCCACAGUGGGCAGACCUCCCCCCCCACCAGGCCAGUUGGCCUCCUGGCAUCCUCUCCGGGACGGUGUCCAGACAAGGGGAGGCGUGGCAUGAGCACUGGCCCCUCCGAGGGUGAGGGGCCCACAGGGCUGUCCUGUAGCCAAGACCCCCCACCCUCACUCCCCCAAGCCCAAGACCACACGUUUCCAGGAGCUGCAGAGGCGAGGUUCCUGGUUUCUUACUGACUUUUGUCAGUUUUAAGCAGAAAAGCUAGAGAGACACUGCUUUUCUCCUCUGUCACCUGCCCCUAUCCCGCUCCCUACACUGGGUCCAGGUGCUGCAGGUUCUUGUCCACCCAAGGAACGGACACUGUCCUGAAGCUGUUGGAGAUCAGGGCCAUGUCCAUCCAGGAUCACAUUCACCUGUGACUCCUGCCUGGCUAGCCUGGUCUCCAUGGACUUACGGAGGGCAGUGCAGGCCAGUGGUCCUGUCCCAACUGCCCCAGGCCUGGAGACGCAUUGCUGGCCCUGGCUGGUUACAGAUAGACAGGGGUUCCUGAGAGAAAGGAGCAUUCAUGGCCACCUCGCACGCACUGGGCUCGACACUGACCUUCCCAGGUUCUCAGUCGGGACUGGUAUCUCUCCUUCAGCGCCUGGUCCACAUCCCAGGGGCCCGAGGCAGGGCCUGCGUGCUCAGCUCCUGUGUCCCUUCCGCACCGUGAUGCCUGUCCCAAGCAUUCACAGUUUGCGGAUACUUGAACCCACAACUGGUCCAGCAGCUGAGAGGGGCGCACCAGCUUCAAAUCAGUGUCAAUAAACUAUUCAGGGCUUUCUUCCCCCAUCCUCCCUGCUCCAAGGUUUGUCUGUUCCUCGGGAAGGGUGAAGCCCCACCUGCCCUGCUGUGGGGGCAGCCCCGUCAGCCAGGCUGACAUGGACUCUUUGACCUCACCAGGAGCAGUGACGUGCCCUCGUGGGUACUGCCUCUCAUUCGUCUGUCCCCUCGGUCUGAGGAGAAGGGGACCAAGAGGGAGGUGGGGAGACCAGGAUCAGGGUCCCCACCAGCUUCAGGGACCACGGGGAAGGGAGAGGACAUUCCACCGCCAAUCUGUGCCCAUCUGGGAGGCUGGGCUUGGGAACCAGGGGAGAAUGUGCAGGACCCUCCAGGUUCCCUUGGUUUCUGUAGCCCCCGAGGUCAGGGGAGCCUCUCCCAUCCUGUGGAUCCUCGUGGGGAGGGAAGCACACAUGGGGGGAGACUCCCUUGCCCCUGUUCCCACCUUUGCACCAAGCCUGGCUGCUAAUCUGGGGGCCAAAACAGAAAAUGCAGAGCCAUGUUUGACCAGGAGAGCGGGUCCAGCCAGUCAGGCAUAGAUGGGGGCCCCCCACCCCAGGCCUUCUCCAUCUCCUCCCACCCUGAGGUACAACCUGGAAACCUGGGGUUAUUCCAGCAUCUCCCUGUCCCUUCCCCAAACUCCCCCAGCCCCCAGCCUCAGCUUUGCCCCACUCCUGGCAGCAAAGACAACUCUGAAUUUGACCCUGCGGCCACCUCUGGCUCCCCCACUCGAGAUGUGCUUCCCCUGACCUUCAGGCCUGGGGGUGCCUGGUCUUUGGGGCCCUCAGUCUGCCAGGCGUCCCCCUGCCACUGGGCAUCCCCUGGGCCUGGGUGCCACUGUCCUUUAGGCCCCCAGAUAGUGGGGAGUGGGUCACGGGACUUCCCAGCCCCGGGACCCUGAUGGGCAUUCAGGCUAGAAAGCAUGUGAGUGGAUGCAGUGGGGUAGUGGGGCACCUGAGCCGUUGUGGGACGGCUGGUAGGUCAGGCAUCUACAGUGGGGCUCCAUCCCGAGCUCCAUCCUCAGCCAUCCUCUUACCCGGACUCCAGCCCUCACGUAGGAGGCCAAACUGAGACCAAUUUAUGGGGCCAUCGGCUUAGGCCCAAACAGGCAGGUGGGGCACCUGU